CUUUAAUGAGGUAGCUCCGAGAAAACAAGCCUGCGCGUGGUCUGUGCUUGCAGAAGCUUUUUCGCAAGUAGAAGCAGAGAAUUUUACGCGGAUGCGUAAGAGCGUGCAUUGAUUGUGUGACAAUGGUUGAGAGCGUGCAGCCGGCCGUCCCGCCGGACCACGACCUGGAGAUGGAAGCAGCGAAAGCCGCGAGCGAACCUUCUGGGUUUGAAAAACUGGCGACGUUGCACGCAGCUACCACCUCCUCCCUCGCUUUGCCGGUAACAACUAAACUCCACACGACGACUGGCGAAACUUACACGGUUGUGCCACAGCAGAGCCAGGAAGUGGCUGCCGUUUCCCAAAUUAUGAGCACUUUUGCCCACGACCGCAAACUUCGGGAGAUAGUCUCGCUUGCAACGGAAAAGUCCCCUGCUUCCGCGGCGUCACCGGUUGUUUUCUCGGAGGAUUACUUCGAAGCGGUCUGUUCCGCACUACCACACACUGACCUCACGACAGGUAUCUUUGUUGCUGCGGGACCGCCUUUGCGUGGCGCGAACCGUGCGGAUUUCGAGUGCGCCGCGGCAAUCCAUGGUGCUGGUCGACCAGGAGGACCAACAGGAGGUACUACGGAAGAUGACACCGAGACCACGACGGUUCCCGACUACACCGGAAAAGAUGUUGCGGAUCAGACCGACUGGUUCUUUCGUCCUCCGCAAGUGGCGUCCCUUCUGUGGGACGAACGCAUCACGGGGUUUCGCUUCGACGUUCGGGCAUUUCUGCGCUCCCACGGGGCGCUGAGCUUUCAAGAAAUGGUUACCGGUAAGGUGCUGGACCAAUUUCUGCUCAAAGCGAACGAGCACCUCUGGCAAGCGCAGCAGGAAGACGAGGACCAGUUCCUGAACAGCAAGUACUUUGUAAAACCAACAUCCGUGGCGUCGCUCUGCUCAUCUACUCCGGACCACGGGUUGUCUCCCAGUCUAUUUCCGGGGCUUUUCGUCGGUCCCGGCGGGGUCUUCAGCCUGUUCACGCGGAAAGAAUUGGCUGUGAACGCCCUCGUCGCGGAAAUUCUCAACCUGCUCGCACGAAAUCCGCCCAAGGCACUGAUUGAGGGGGAGCGGGCCGCGAUUGCGGCGACGGAAGCGGAACGACAAGCGGGGCCGGUGGUGCUGCUCGAGCGACAGCUCGCCGAACUGCAGCAGUUGAUCGGUCAGGAGGUAAAACAAGGAAUCAAGUUGAGAUCAUGGAAUCAAAUUAACUGGAAUCAAGUUAAACCUGGAAUCAAGUUAAGUACAUGGAAUCAAGUUAAACCUGGAAUCAAGUUAUAUAGAAUCAAGUCACUACCUGGAAUCAAGUUGAAUGGAAUCAAGUAAACCACCACAACUUCACAUCCAUCAACCCUUCGCCUCGCAAUGCCUCCAUGGAAGAAUCUAUCUGUUGCUCUUUUUGUGUUUUGUGAUUGCCAUACCCUCGUGCCUAAAGUUCUCCGCUAUUUUUUUUCAAACGCGGCCACUUUUAUCAAACGCGUCUGGCUUUUCUUCCUCUGGUCGAUAGAGACGUCGCGGAUAAUGUUAGAGCUAAGCUUCGCGCGCUUGUCUUGUUUCACGACCCUCUUUCGAAAGUUGUCGGGGCUUUCGCCUUCCGAAGUUCCCGGGGUUUCAUUUGUGCUUCCUUCCUUCGAAGGAAGGGUGUGCGUCUCUGGGGAUUCCGCGCUUAUUUCGCCUUUCCUCGGAAGACGAAGAUCCAUCCGUCCCUCUCGGAGUUCCAUGCCCGCUUCACCUCCUCUCGGGAGACCCAUUGCUCUCGGGAUUCCGUUUUCAUUUCGCCUUCCUGGGACUGGUGUGUGUCAGUCUCGGAGGAUUCCGCUUCGCCUUCCUGGGGAAGGUGCUGUCUCAGGGGACUCCAUUUCGCCCUCCUGUGGAAGGUGUCUCGGGGCCUCCAUUUCGCCUUCCUUGUACUUAGGCAGGUCUCUCCGGGGAUUCUGUUUCGCCUCUUUCGGAAAGUAUCUUGGGGGAUUGGCAGGGAUCUCCUUCCUGGGAGUUCCAUCUUGUCUUCCCGAUGUCCGGGGUUUCCGCCUGCAGCACUAAGGGGCCGAGCCGUUGCGUCAGGUGUUUGGCAUUCGCCAACUUCGGCCCCUUCGCCUUGGGGAGAUCCGGGGUUUGUACCUUCAGAAGCGCCGAAGGAAGCUUUCACCUCCGGAGGCUCCGAAGCUUCUUUGGCUUCGGCAGCCUCGGAUAUCUCGCCUUCGGAAAGCCCUGGCGGGUCUCUCCCCGGCGGAAGGUCCGCAGCUUGAUUGCCUUUCGGGGGAGUUGGAGUCGUUUCUUUACUGGCUGGCGCGAAGCUUUCGCCAUCGACUUCCGAUUGAAUGGCCCGAGCUUGUUUACACCUCUUGCGCGACGUGGAUUGUUCGGGGUUUUUCUGUGCCCGGGCUCGCCGAGGCGUUUUGGAUUCGGUUUCGGAGGGCGCGAGUUUGCCGCCCUCCGGGGCUGCGCGCGUGUGCUUACAGCUUGUGCGCCGGGGGCCCCGGGUUUUUUCUUUUGUGUCCCGGGGCCUCGUCACAUCCACGCCCCGGGGGCCCGGAACAUGGCCCGUCGGAAGGCGGGCCGGCCAGCCUUCGGUAGAGGUAGGCGGGGGGGCCCGGGGCAUGAAGCUUUCCUUUGCGGAAAGGCCCGGGGUUUUGUCUUCCGUGAAGCCAGGAAUUGAAUUCCGCUCGAGCGACAGCUCGCCGAACUGCAGCAGUUGAUCGGCCAGAAACAGGACCGCGAUGUGGCCCGCUUGCAACAGGAGGUGCGGCGCGAACGGGAGAAAUUGGCAGAAAUGGAGGAAAAUCCAUUUGGACCAAACAGCGACCCAGACAAGCAAAUGCACGUCGUCGCGUGGAAGCAGGACGCGUUAUCGCAAGUCCAGGCCGAGUUGGAUAAACUGAAGGAGCAGGAACUUGCGCUAUUGCACCAGAUCGACGAUGUCGCGGAAAAAAUGAAAAUGGCAGCCGGAACAACGGACGAGGGCGGGGCGCUGGCGAGCGAAAGUGCGGACGAAAACGAUGCGCAGCACCUACCUCCGUUUUCUUUUCAAAGCGACUUUCGCUUGUUUCAUACGUACGCAUGCGACGCUGGUUCAUCUUCGCAAGACACCCCGACCGCAGAUCUGCCUGCAAAUCUCGGUGGUGCGCUGAACCGCAAGGAAUUCAGCAUCUACCUCUUGCGCGCCGGCGAAAAGAUUACGGACCCCCGCGGUUUUCUCGAGGGGAUCAUGAGCGGGGCGGCAGCGCUCUACAGCCGAUCGGACGCCUCGGUGAACGUGCCGAAGCACAGCAUGGAAAUCUCGUUCUCGCGAAAAGCCCCCCAGGCCGAGCUGCUGUGCGUGUCUCCUUCGGCACCGGAUGCGGAGGAGCAAGGAAAAAUAUACUAUCCGCUCUGGCGACGUUGCUCGACAAACACAGAGGUCGUCAAUGACCCAGUGCUCUUCGGAGACGGUAAGUGCGAGUUAUUCUUGAACGUACACAAUGUGUAUGUGAUAAGUUGUCCAUGUGAUACUAGUUCGCAGGCAGAAUGAAAAGAAAGCCUGCGACAUCUUUGCUUGACGUGCAGUUAGUAUCGCAACGCACUUUCAGAUGCUGUUUUCGACGUGCCGGAUCACUGGCUGGCCUUGCGAGCAACGAACGGGCCGCUGCGGUUUCAGGUAGGAUUUUCGGAAAGCGGGCUCUUUCACGGGGCGAACACAGCCGCGAACUUUUUCCUCGGCUUACGACACAACGCACUUGAGGUGUCAGAUUUACUGCUGAAGGAGGAGGCGUUGCAGUGUCUGUCCCUCUUGUCGGCCUGCUUGCUCUCCACGCUUGUCUAUUGAGAGGAAAAAUCCCCCCUCCCCAUAUUGAAAAGGCAUAUUUCCGAAAAUUUGUGUUGCUGAUUUGAGGUCACAAAUCGCGUUUGUUUUGCAAGAAGACAAGUGCAGAAGCUUCCGCACCAUUAUGGAAGCACUUUGUCAUGCUGUUGGGCUUAAAGGGCCGCCGCUUGCCAUGCUGAACAACUAGACGCAUACGCCCCUCCCUAGCUUGGGGAUCUGACCGCAGUGCUUUCCUGCAAUACAAGUCGGAUUUGUGUACGCAAAUCCAGCAUCUUUUUGGCUCAAGCCGUUUUGUCUUGUGGCCCAUUUCCCACUUUAGAGACGGGGCCGCACCCCCGUAAGAUCAACUCGUCGGACUCAUCGUGGAGAUCAACCCCCGUGAGAUCCAAGAUCCGUAGAGGCACUCUGUAACAGGCACCAGGUGCGGCUGGUAGACUUUUAGACUCACUCCGGGUAAGUUCCUAGUAAUUCAAAGCAAAACAAAAACGAAGACACAUCUGCCCUCCACCUGAAGCGCGCACGUGCGCAAAAUGCUUCGGUGGCUCCAGCGGGCGUUCGCCCGGCUCUUCGUCUUGUCACCAGCGGCGGCGGACGGCGCAUCUACUUUUGGUCGUGAACAGAGUACAAUGACUCCGCAAACACAAGUUAGCGAAACGGACGAGGUGGCCGCCGGCACUCGCUAGUUGUGGACUCCAUCCCCGAGCUGCCGAUGGUGGAUGAAUUCUGCCGCCCAUCUCCGAGUCACGAGGAUGCCGCGUCCACUAGCGGAUCGCCCUGCUGCGCUGGAGAUCAGGGACUUUUAUUUAUUGUUUUCGUUCGUCUCACACUCACUCGCAUGGAUUCGAUUCGUAGAUCAUACUAGCACCUGCACCAUAUCCAAGUUUAUUUCUUUUGUAUGUGUUUUUUUUUUCAGCCAUCCUAAAACAAAGUCCGUCUGUGUUGUAGCAGCGGGUUGUCUUCUGGCCCUCCUGGUAACCGCAUUCGAUAUAACUGACCUCAGGCUUGUCGUGGUGGCUGUGCGAGCAGCGGCUGUGCGCGGCUCUUUCCUCCUGCGCGGUGCGGCCUUCUCGAUGCGGACGGGCCUUGAGGCACAAAGGUGGUGGUGGUGGUGGUGGUGGUGUUGACGGGAUGGCUACGGAGAUGGUAUUCGGGUUGUCUUCAUCGGAUUUUCUUGCCGGGGGUACCGGGGCUGACCCAUCUGUGUCAGUGCGCGGACCACGCCAUCAGCUGUGAUAGCGGCGCCCCAUCUGCGGCGUUCGGUGUCCCCCGUGCGCCGGGUCCUGCGCGGUGCGACAUUCUCGGAGUGGCCGAGCUUUGCGGCACCAAGUUACCAUCUCCGAGUGCGACACCAGGGUGGAGGUCGUCUCGUGGAGGGCGUCAUCCGGCUCUGGCCACGAGUGGUGGUGUCCAGCGUGAUGCGCUGUCUGUUCGACAUCGCCCGCAGUUCUCCGUCACAGUGUUGUUGCUUUCGCAGUUGCUCUUCGAGAUGCAAGCUGCGCUGGACGAUGACGAGGUGGAGCAGCAGUUUGGGACGCGAUUCCGUUUCAUUCGGCUCCGAGCUACAUCGAGGUCUCAGUCUCACGCGCGGCUAGCAGGCGGGAAAGGACUCUCCGAUAUCGACACCGGCUGCAGACAGGCAGAGUGGGAAUUAUCCACUGCCCAUUCUUCAUGCGGUCCUCCUGGGGUCUCUGGGGCUGUCCCUUCUGUGACAGUGCGCGGACCAACCCUUCUGCGUUGAUAGCGGCACCCCUUUUGCGGUGUUCAGAGACCUCGGGCGCCGGUUCCUGCGCGAUCCAGGACGCAGCGGAGGCAAGACAAUGGGGUGGCCGGUAGGAGGGUGAGGAGUUGCCGCUCUACGCUUACAGCGGACGACGGUACCUGGUGGGCUCGUCACGUCAUUCCCCGGAUGCUGGAUCAGGCAGCUCGGCCACGGUACUAGAUCACAUCAGUAAGUCGUCUUUGCAUCUGCCUCUCUUUUCUGAUUAAUUUUCGUUUGUAGUUGCUCUGUGUGGUAGGUUUGCAUGGUUACUUUUUGUUUGUACGUAGGUUUGCAUGUGCAUGCGUGUCGAUGAAUGAUAUCGAAACCUAUGCCGCCAUCCUGCGGGACGGCGGCGUUCUGGCUUUCCAACUCUAUCCUCCCCAGGACCGUCAGCCCCGCCUCCAUCUCGAUUGGUCAGCGACUGCGUGUCCGAGCGAUGGGUUGCUCUGGAGGCCAAAACCACUCCGCGUCCGAUAGUUGCUCUCUCGUUUGGGAAAACGAUGGCGAUAUGGCUUACGUCGGGGCUAUGGUACGAAUUUACGCUCUUGGCGGUCGGCUGUCUCCGGGUGUCCUUCCCAAGCUGUGGCUCGCGGCGUGGUGCGUUUGCCGGUGCCGACCCUUUUCUACGGAACGCUGUGGUGUCCUACUCUUCUGGCGGUCCUUCAAGAGCCCUUUCGCCUUCAUCCCAGUGCUGUCGUUGACAGACCUUGGGCUGAUAAUCCCGUUGCAGGAGGUUCGGUCCUUGGCGCGUCUUCGCCACCGGCAGGAGUCAGGAUGGGUAGAUGGGUCUCCUCGUUGUUGCUUGAGCUUGCUCAGGUCUUCGCUGCUUUCGGUGGCUGGUGGCCGCUCUUGGGUUUCAGGUGUGGGUCGGAGUUCGUUUGCCUCUCGUCAGUUUGGACGGAGUGCUCUCGUUCAGCCACCCCCCGGCGGUCGACUGUCGGCGAUCUGGCCCCCCCAGCUCAUGAUUGCAGUGUUGGCUGGUGAUGACGAGGUUGCGGACAGUUGACUUGUCAUCUGUCUGGUUCGCCCAUUUUGCUGCCACGACUGUUUGGUCCCCGGUCCCCUGAGGCGGGGGGAUACGGGUUACCUGGUCGGGAUGUCGCGCGGAAGGUGUCUCUCACGUCCCUAGCUCUUCGUACUCGCCGCUGAGUACAGUCGAGCGCCUUGGUUGAUCGCCACACUGUUUCAUAGUGCUGAAACGACCCGGCUUUCACUAGGGGGAGCAUUCGUACACUUUGUGCCCUCCGGGACUAUGCCUCUGCUUCCGUCUAAACUGAGGGGUCCACUUAUCCCUCUCGGUAUUCGGUCGCAGGGAAGGGUUGCCGGGGUCUCCCUCGCAUCGGUUCUCGAUGUCGGGUGUGAGUUUGUGACUGCGGGGGCAGUGGUUGGCUUAGGUUUGCGGAGUACAUCUGAAAAGAGGCUCCCAUUCCUUCUUCCAGGUAGCGAUCCUAGAUCGCCGCCACGCGGAGCCACCCCCGUAUUUCACCCCCAGGGGGUUGUGGACCUGGCAAAGCCGAUGAGUUCGGGCUGCUGACUGUUCCACUUCUUCCGAGCGCGAUCAUGCUACGCCUCACGCAAAUCCAGCAUCAGAAACUUCGUUUUGAUAUGGGGAGGGGGGAUUUUUCCUUUUGAUAUUGUCUUCCAGAACGCACCAUCCCUCCGAGCGGGGAGAUCAGUACAACCCUCGACGCCACGAGCAGCUACACUGGGAAUGGCACGCCUGCCCAUCCUGCCGCUGUUACAAGCAGCGCUGUACUACGAUGUAAAGAUGUACCCAGUUUGCUUCGGCGCAGCAGCAGAGAAAGAGAACGAUACCCACAGCCUGCCUCCCUUUCUCCUCGAAGUCAUUCUCUGGAAACUGCGAGAACUCUCGCCGGAGCAUUCCUACGAGGAGGACCACUUCCAGCUACUGUUGGAGACGGCCUACCCGAAAGUUUUGAAAAGUACUGGGCAAAACCGGGAGAGCCAUUUGGACCGACUGAAGCGCAUGCAGCUGUCCUUUUUGCAUUCGGUGCCGAAAACCAACAAGCACCUCUCGGCUUCCAAACUGCGGCGGGCCAUCGACAUCUACGAAUCUUGCACUAGCUUGCGUUCUCGGACGUGAUUGCGGAGCGGACCACUGGAUGUUUUCAGUAUCUGUAGGUCGUGGUGCCAACUCUUCACAGAAGAGCCUCUGUGUAAACAAAAAUACAACCACCUCCACGCCCCAGUCGGGUAUCAAUACGCGUCAAUGAUUAGCAACUGUCCCCGGAAAAAGUUCCGUUCUCCUCGGCUGCUUUUUCAUGCCCUUGCGCGCCGCGACGGCCGUUCGGACGUGGCAUGACGCAAAUUCGUGUAGAUUACUGCAAGAAACGGCGUGGGAAUCUCAGGUCAUUGAUUUUGCAGAGCUACUAGCGCCCUUUAGAUUCAUUACCACGCGAGACCGAAGCAGCUGCUCAUGCGCAUCAGCAUUUGUAUGUCGACUAUGUGUUUCGUGCGCACACGCAGUACGCUAAUCCGGUCGAGAUGAAGGAGUUUGGACUGCAAAAGUCUGUCGAGCGAAAAUCGGUCCAGAAAAGUCG